AGCCAGAGGCAAGUAAGAAACUCUAUGGGCAACGGCUUGUUGUUGGUUGCUGUGUUCGCGCGAACCGCAAACAGAAGGUAAAGCAGGUAAAGAUCGCGGCGUUCUUUGAUGAACCCAGGAGACUGAGUGAACAACAGGACAAGGGACGAGAAAAGUCAUGGAUGGACAGCGCUGCGAUCGUACUGAAAGAUGUCUACGUGCUGUCGACAAAGCUUCCAAAGACCUGUGCGAGAAGUUCAGGCAGCGGUGCUUGCACGCGCUUCAACCGCCUGAACUUCGAAAGUACGGCAUCGAGAAGAGCUCGUUGGAGAAGUGCGUUAAUAGCCUCGCAGAUCAGCUUCUGUCGCACAUGAGCGCGGAAAGCAAAGCUAUUGUUGACGACCUAAAACUGGACGAGAAGUUAAGAAGUCUGAGCCAACUGAUCGAAGAGCAAGAGAAAUACAAAGGCACACCUGCUUGGCGGCCAUCUGGAAACCCGGAUGAGGAUGUUCAAGAUCAUUUACGGCAAUUAUACGAGAGGCACGUAAAGGACCUGGCUGCCGCACUGAAGGAAAGCGAAGAGAAAACGAAUGCAUUAGAAGCACAAGUUGCCGAAGGAAAUAAGGAGCUGCAAAGAAUCAGUGCUGAAAUUGACUUCACGGUGGCCAAGUUGGAAAAGCGACAGUCAACAAACAGGAGGAGGAAAACUGAUGCCCAAGAAGGAUGGCCUGACGCAAGCUGAGACAAAGAGCAAAGAGAAGAUAACAUUUAUCUUUAAGCGCUGCGCUUGUGGUAAUCGCUACAUUUAGAAUUGUGCCGCACUAGUGCACAUCUUUGGCAUUUAGAAUAUGCGAUCAUGCCACGUGGUAUUUAAGCAAAGAAAGCCCUACUUGCAAGCUCGCAACAAGCUACGUGCAGAUAUCCCAUGCUGCUUGUAAAUUUUAAAUUUUAUCACCUGGUUCAAAGUUUCUUGUUCUGUCCAAAGAUAAUUAUCAAUAUAAAAGGUGGCCACUGUCAUAUUUUUAGAAGUCCGGCACCAGCAAUACGUUCCAUGACCAUUAAAUGCAGCAAAAUCAGCACGCAAACAGUGUUCCUGGUCACACAUGGCACGCAUGUUGGAAAUAUUUUCCACGUGCGCAGAACAAGUUGCAGCUUGUAUCGCAGUUCAUCUUGCCCUUUGCCAAUGUUUUAAUGGACCUGUGAAAAUGUCAGAUAAACCGGUGACAAGGGGUGUAUUACGAUUCGUUCUUUGUGCAUCUAGAUGUCGCGUUAAGCUGUCCAGUCUCCUAACUUACGAGCAUCAAGAUGCCAUGUCCACAGUACCCCUUAUAUUUUAAUAAACUUUGCUAGCAUACAUUCGGCUUUCUAUACAGCCAUUUUAAUGUGUUCUUUGGCCCAAACACGUUUAGUUCACGCUGGUUUGUACAUAUGCCCUAUGCUUGUUUUUUUUUUACAAAAUGAUGAGAGGUCAUCACGCAGUCAAGAUUUCACACCAACAGGCCCAGAUCACGUAAGAGCAUAAAUGGCUGCACCUUGGGCGCAUUGCAAGUUGCCAAUUCAAUGUUUGCAACAGUGUGGAGUACACUCUUGAUAAUCUUGGUAAGGCAUUACAGCAGAGACACUGUUGGCGUUUAACAAAACUUAUCAGAUGGUACUUAUUGCACAAGCAUGAGAUAGAACACAUAAUUUCAAGGCCAACAACUGUCCUAGUUUUUUCCAUUGAAAUCAAUGUUUAGGAUUAUAUUCUUUCACAGAAGCUAGUAGAAGGUAUCAUGAUAGAGAAUGAGGUCUGACAUGAUAUUUCAUCAGAGAUGAUUGCUGGAACGCCGUCCAUGAGUUCAUUGUAUAAAAUUGUUUUGACACAGCCCAAGACAAGAAUCCACUCUUUGUAGUAUCCUUUCUAGCAACUGCCAAAAGUGCUUCUCCUUUCUCACAUUGUAAUUGGCAUAUUUUCCUUGUUCAUCAGAUCAAGUGCCCAUAAUGGAAUUCUCUCGCAGUCCCAAUGGCUGUUACGAGGUCUUGCCAUGCGUCAUACUCAAUAAUUAUAGAGUAAAAUCAUAUUCGCUAGAAUCAUGAAUGGUGUUUUCUCAUUAUUAAAAGCCUGUACUUCCCAUUAACAACGCUUCAGUUGCAUAGGUCGUCAAAAAAUGUGGAGUUCACUCAGGCUCACUCAUGAAAUAUAUUUUGCCCUUAGAGCUCACUCGGACUCACACUCACUGAAAUUUUUCUUAGCCGCAUUCACUCGGACUCACUCACCAAAAUAUUACUGUCUCGGACUCGCUCAGACUCACGGCUCUAUCUGAGUCCAAGUGAGUCGACUCAUGAGUGAGUUUGCCGACCUAUGUUCAGUUGGUAGAUAAACGCUUUCACAGCCUCAAGCGGUUACGAAUAGGUCUGGAAAAAUAAACUAUGCUAUGGUAACAACUUAAACUUCCACACAAUAGACCAUUUUGAAACAGUGUUAAAACAAAUCAAAUGAUUCUCUGUAGAUUUCCAGCAAAAUAUCUUGCGUCACAAGCCAUUUCACAAUGUCUGCUGUCGGCCUAGGUGGUGCAUAGCUAGUGCGUUUGUGCAUGUCUUUUCUAUCCUCGGUGUUCUUGGUUUGUGCCUAUGAAUUCCUUCCUGGGACAAGCCAUUUGUUAAUACUAAUCUAUUGUGUGCUUUCAUGUACAAAAGAGAAAAAUGUGCAAGUACUAGUUACUCAUAGCAAACGUGAAUGAUGUUUCUUGGCAUACUCGGUAUGCCCUAAUAAAAUGUAACAAACGUGUCAUUGCCUAUUUCUGUUUCUGCAAGUGAACAUUCUGAAUUAGCCCUUUAUAACCUGUUAACCAUCUUGAUAUUUUGAUAAUUGUUCCCGCAGAAAUGCUUAAUUUUUUAGAGCUGAUAUGGAAUAUGUCCUACCUAAAAAGCAAGUUCUUGCUGCUGAAAAAAAAAUUAAAGCAAUUGCUAAGUUAAAUUCAGCAUAAUGAAGUUUAUUGUUAACUGCUCAUGGAAAAAGGCCAGCUACCUUCUGGUAAUCAACAAGCUUUUCCACGAUGAUGGACCAAGAACACAUGUGCAACCUCUGCCAAAUGCCAUUUUUGAAACGCAAGUUGCCAAAAAAAUGAGAAACAGCGACUGGAAGAAAA